UAAUGUUUUUUUUUCCUUCUUUGUUUUUUGCUUAAGAUUUCCUCAAGUACAUCCCAUUCAGGCCCUCCUGACUUAACAAAGCAGUGUGGGAUGUCAGCGUUGUUUCAGUUGGCAGAGAUGUGCCUUGCAUCAGAGGCGGUAAAAGUGAAAGAACCUGGGAAGGUGGAAGUGGAAACAUCGGUGGAUGUGAAAGCAGAAGCUCCAGAGGAAGUGAAGGUGAAAGAAUUGGAGAAAGUGAAUGUGAAAAACUCACAGGAAGUAAAAGUGGAAGAAUCUGAGGUGGUGAAAAAUCAAAAUGACGAAAAGACAAAAACCGAAGAGUUGGAGAAAGUUACAAAAUGCAGUCACUUUACUGAUCCGGCAGCAGACAGCAGUACUUUAGAGAUAAAUAAUAGUACCAGUGCAAAGGAUCACACAUGCCAUUCUCAAGAGCUUUCACUUGCUGACUUUAAUACCCUGGGGCUGACCAAACCAGAAAAGAUCAAAAAGAAAAAGAAAAAAAAUAAGCUGGACCGGCACACAAACGAAAAAUCGAUGCCCAAGAAGGCUUGUAAAAAGAGGCAGUCCUCUGAGUCGGACAUUGAAAGCGUCAUUUAUACUAUCGAAGCAGUUGCAAAAGGCGACUGGGGCGCCGAGAGACUCGUCGAAAUCCCCCGGAAGAAGGUCCGCCCUGCCUCAAACAUGAAGGGAAGUGUGUUGGACACAAAGUCACCAAAGAAAAAAGUGAAAUCAAAAGAGAAGAGAGCAUCAAAGGAGAAAUCCUCGGAGACCACCAAAGAAUCAAAGCCUCCCGACUUUCUUAGCAUUACAGCCAAUACGGAGGCACCUUGUGAGGUACCUGACAACAUAAAAGCAGAACCAUUGACCCCAACAGAGGAUGUGGUACCACACAGUUUACCUGGACAGGUCAAAACAGCAGACAGUGACUGUAAUAAAAAGAUUGAAACCUGUGGCUCCAGGAAAUCAGAGCGAUCUUGCAAAGGUGCUCUUUAUAAGACUCUGGUGUCAGAGGGCAUGCUCACGUCCCUGCGUGCCAAUGUGGACAGAGGCAAACGAAGCUCAGGAAAAGGCAACUCCUCAGACCAUGAAGGAUGCUGGAAUGAAGAAAACUGGACCUUUUCCCAAAGUGGGAUGAGUGGGAGUAAAAAGCUGAAAAAAACUAAGCCAAAGGAAGAAUUUGUUCUGGGUUUAGCAAAAUUGGAAGAAGAAUUUGAAAAAAAAUUCAACAGCCUCCCUCAGUACAGUCCCAUUACGUUUGACCGGAAAAGCGUAUCUGUUCCAAGGAAAAAGAAGAAGGUUGGAAGCUGUCCAGCAGAACAACCAAAAUCCAACAAAGGUUCAUUCCAGUCUCAGAAAAAGAACUUAUUCCACAAAAUUGUCAACAAAUAUAAGCACAAAAAGGAGAAGUUUAAGGUUCCGGAAAAAGCCAUACUUGCAGAAGACAAAAACCCCAGUGAGCCUGCACGGAAGAAUAAAACUUCUGUAUCUGUCCCAAAUACUCCAGAGCCAGCACUGCUGCAUGAACCCUUGGUUGGUAGCCAAAAGAGGAAAGCGAGGAAAACUAAGAUCACACAUCUUGUUCGGACAGCAGAUGGCCGAGUGUCACCAGCAGGAGGGGCUCAGGAGGAAAAACCAAAGGAGCUACCACAGAGUAGUCUCCAAAAAACAUCAAGUGCGGAGACCGAUUGCAACGACGAAUGCUCAAGAAGCACAGAAGCAGAGGACACUCAUAGUAUUACGCCAGGCAUGCCAGCUGUGUCUGCAUUCUUUAGCCUAGCUGCUCUAGCAGAAGUAGCAGCAAUGGAAAAUGUACACAGAAGUCAGAGGGCAGCGCCUCUCCCACGUGACGGACAGCCAAAAGAAAUGUCUCAGGCUCCGGUGCUUAUUUCCUGCGCCGACCAGUGAAGCUCCACCUUAUUGUAAAACAUUGUGCUUUACCUAAUAUCCUAGCCUUGUCUUUACCAAGGGAAGCUAGUCAGUCCAUAUGAUGGAAAAUAUAGACCUGCAAACAAGUGCUUCUUGCUGUGAGUGGCCCAGAUUUCACUUGAAGCCAGAAGUUAGCAACUUGGGCCAAGUCCUCCAAUUGGAACCCAGAAUCUAGGAAGGUGGUGUUAUUUGUCUAAUAAUGAAAAGAAAUGGAAUGAUCCUGGAGCUUGCUUUCUAUUGAAGGCUUUUAAACAGUAAAUAGGUGGUUUGUGUGAAAACGGCUGCCUUUACAGUAGCUCACACAGCAUCUCUUCUAUCAACCAGAGGGUAUGGAAACUAGUUUCAUAUAAUACCUAGUUAUUCUAAACAAAAAUACAAAAAAAAAACACUGACGCACUGCACUAGUUAUUAGAUAUUCUUAGUCAUUUUUGUACAUGAAGAUUUAAGUUCUAAGAUGGUUUAUAUAAUAGGUUAUGCCUACAUUUAUAUUGUAGAAUGAAUUUAAAAACCUGUUCUGGAGAACAUAAGGCAGCAUGGACAGAUGUACCAUUGUUAGCGGUGUUUGCUCAACCAUGUGGUCCAGAUGUUCUGCACUUUUAUAUUUGCUACCACAGUGGUAGAGUUUACUGGCAAAAAUUCUGACAGGCUGUGUUUGAUUUUUGUUGUUUGUUUGUUUUUUUUAAUUUAGCAUUGAAUAACUAGAAUGAUUUGCAUUAGAAAAAAGAGUGGCAUAUGGGAAAGAACAAUACUGCAGAGUAUGGACUGGUCUUUCAUGCAUUGGAGGGUUCCUUUAUUCUGCAUAGAGGUCUAAAUGACUGGGUGAAAUGCUCAUGUAAA